UAUUCGUUGGUUUUCAACGUCUGAAUUCAUGGCGCAGCCUCCCUUCAGUGAGAAAAUACAUAUUUCUUUAUCAACUGAGUUAUUAAGCCACAAACUGGGUUGCCCUAUAAAUACCAACCCAAGUGUUGCUGUCUAUGCACCACAAACCCAUUCCUGCUUUAAUCAGUUACCUACCAAAUCAACAAAACCUCANACUGCUAAGUGUUUGUUCAUGGCCGGAAAAGACAGAAUCCUCGUUUUGGGACCGACAGGAGCCAUUGGAAGACACAUAGUGUGGGCAAGUGUGAAGGCAGGGAAUCCAACCUAUGUGUUGGUUAGGGACACUCCACAAAAUGUUAACAAACCAAGGCUCGUCACAGCUGCAAAUCCUGAAACCAGAGAUGAACUCCUUCACAACUUCCAAAAUUCUGGAGUUUUUCUUAUCCANGGAGACAUGAAUGAUCAUCAAAGUCUCGUNAACGCCAUCAAACAGGUUGACGUCGUCAUCUGCUCCUUUGGGAGACUACUCAUAGAAGAUCAGGUCAAGAUCAUUGCUGCAAUNAAAGAAGCUGGAAACGUCAAGAGAUUCUUCCCGUCUGAAUUUGGACUGGAUGUGGAUCGUCACGAUGCAGUUGAACCAGUGAGAGAAGUGUUUGAGGAAAAAGCAAAAAUCCGGAGAGUAAUCGAAGCCGAGGGAGUCCCUUACACUUACCUCUGUUGCCAUGCUUUUACCGGUUACUUCUUACGUAACCUAGCACAGAUUGACACCACUGUUCCUCCUCGCGACAAGAUAUUCAUUCAAGGAGAUGGAAACGUCAAAGGUGCAUAUGUGACCGAGGCUGAUGUGGGGACUUACACAGUUGAAGCAGUAAAUGACCCUAACACCUUGAACAAAGCCGUGCAUAUAAGACUUCCUGCCAAUUAUUUGACCUUAAAUGAGAUUGUGUCUUUGUGGGAGAAAAAGAUUGGAAAGAGUCUUGAGAAAAUCUAUGUUCCAGAGGAAAAGGUUCUGAAGGAUAUCCAACAGUUGUCUUUCCCAAAUAAUUACCUGUUAGCAUUAUAUCAUUCACAGCAGAUAAGGGGAGAUGCAGUGUAUGAUAUUGAUCCCACCAGAGACGUUGAGGCUUCUGAGGCCUAUCCUUAUGUCAAAUACACCACCGUAGAUGAAUAUUUGAACCAGUUUCUCUGAUUUCUCAAAUUUGAGGAACAAAUGCAAUCUUAUGAUGCUUACGCAAAAAAUGCUCUUUGGAUUGUCUAAGACUUCAAUAAUCAUUCAUAUAUCAUUGUUUUAAUUCUUCUUUUAACCCAAAAGAAUUGUAGUGCUGUAAUGUGUAAUCUGCAAUCAAUGACCAAUACAAAAAUAAUAAUAAUAUCUUGUGUGAA